UAUGUGUGGACCUCUACUUCCGCUAAGCUUGUGUUCAGUGUCUGAAACAGAUGAACCGACACUGAGGCAAUGUGUUCAACCUUAUAGGUUGGUGUACAGGACGUCCGCAGUCUGCAAGCAAAGACGUGACGUCAGCUGUGCGCCGUAAGAAAGAGGGCCCGGCGGCACGCCCACCUGACAGCGGAGAGACGGGAUCUGCAGAGAGACAACUCUCUCCACUCAAAAGAAACCCACAACAAUGUCAGCAGCCAUGAAUUCACAAGCAGCAGCAGCAGCCCCAGUCAUUUGUGAGGUCUGUGGAACGAUCUUUGAGACACGACGAGGGCUCUCCAGCCACGCCCGCCUCCACCUACGGCAGCUCGGCGUUACAGUGUCAGAAAGCAGUGGAGCUCCCAUCGAACUCCUCUACCAGCUCAUCCAGGAGAGAGGGGACUCCCUCCCUGAUUUCAAAGCAGACUCCUCCGUGCCGGGGCCGACCAAUCUCAAAAAAGCAGCAUCCCAGCAGGAGUCUAAGACACCUUCAGCACAGGAGGACAGGGUCGACGCUGGCAAAGCAGGGAGUGCAGUCAUGACAACACCACAAAAGGUGGAUCUGAAAGAGUCAGCAACUCCUCUCCUCACCUCGUCCCCCUCUGGUCUCAGGCCGGUUGAGUCUAGAACAGGUGAAGGCAGCAGCUCAUCCUCAGAGCACCAAACCAAAACCAAGCCGCUGUGGGCGCCGCUGGAAACGGACGCCCCCAUCACGUUAGCUUCAGACACCAACAAUGAGGUCCAUGUGUGCCAGCUCUGUGGCUGCUGGUACGGGACACGCAAAGGCCUGUCGGGUCACGCUCGGGCACAUCUGCGCCAGAUUGGAGUCCCUGACAGCGACAUCAAGGGCAGCCCCAUUGAUUUGCUUUACCAGAUCAUGGAGGAGGAGGACCUCAAGCCCAUCAGCAGCGAGCAGCAGCAGCAGGAGGAGGUCACCUCAAACAGUCCCUCUACAUCCUCCUCCAAACGACCCUCCUAUCGGUCCCCUCAACCUACGUCCCCACCAAGCAAACGGCCUAAAUCGAACGAGGGCUUUACCUGCAUUCUGUGCAGGGAGAAGUUUGAGAACCGUAAAGGCCUGGCCAUCCACGCACGCGCUCACCUGCGUCAGAUCGGGGUGGUCGACCUGCUGGGGAAAAGCUCUGCAAUUGACACUGUCCAAGAGCUGGUCAGCAGUGGCAUGCUGGAAGCCAUACAUCCUCCUAAAAUGACCAGUGCAACCAGCUCAUCCGCAGCCCCGUCUCCCUCCACAUCCCUCUCCCCAAGCCCGGCAAAGUACGCCCGGUCUCCUGUUAACAGGGCCCCAAAGGCUAAGAAAGGCUUUAGGCUGGCAGUGGACCCCCUUCAUAGGAAGCCGAAGCCUGAGCCCGUUGAGAUCGAGGUGUCUGUUCAACCGAAAGGAUCCAGCGCUGACGGCAACUCUCCCAUGCAGAAGUCACCUGCUGCCUCAAAGCCUCUGAAUGCAGAUGUUCAAUCCCCGCCAACAGUCCUUUGCAGUUACUGUGGCCAGCUGUUUGAGACCCGCAAAGCCCUGUCAUGUCACGCCCGCGCCCAUCUGCGCCAGCUCGGCCUCACCUGGUCGAUCAGAACAUCUCCGAUUGAUCUCCUCAAAGAGGUCAUGAUGCGUGGUGAAGAAGGCAAGAAACUGUCUGUGCCCUCCCGGUCUUCAGGCAGAGCCAUGUGGAGCCCUCAAGGCUCCAGAAGGUCCCAUGACGGCCUCCAGUCAGGGGAGCCAGCUGCCAGCCCCUCCACAGCACCUCUGGAUUAUUCCAUGAAGGAGAAACCUUCACCUGGCAGGAGUGGGGCCUCACACAACGAAGCAUCAUGUGAGCUUUGUGGCUUUGACUUUGAAAACCGGAAGGCCCUGGCCAGUCACGCGCGGGCCCACCUCCGACAGCUGGGAAUCAUUGAAUGGAAGGUGGACGGAGCGAGCUCGCCUAUCGAACUCCUCAGUGAGUUGAUCCGCAGGGACCCCGUCAAGGUUGCAGCAAUAACCCAACGCUAUCGCAUGGGAGACCUUUACAUCAAGAAGUCCCAGAGAGGUGCUGCUUCGCCCUCUCUGUCCACAGACUCUGACUCUGUCGCCGGCGGCAGCCUGAAGCUCUCGGUGGGCAGGGAGAGCUUUGGUGUGACUGCCGGCUCAUCCAGGCACUCAAACAGCCACACACGGACCAUUGCAGCCCACGGCGACCCCGGCGUGCGCUCCGCAAGGGGAGUCCAUCCACCAAAACGUGUUUUGCCAGCAGGGGAAGAAAAUCAACACACCAAUUCCCAUCAGCCAUCACGGUCAGGCAGCAUCCCCGCUAUGCUGCCAAAGCCCCCACUUACACCUCUGGUCAAACUGGUGGGAAAAAUCUACUCCCUUAAGUGCAGGUUCUGUGAGGAAGUGUUUCAUGGACCUCUGUCGGUUCAGGAGCGAUGGAUCACACACCUGCAGAAACACAUCCUGUCGCUGGGCUACAAAGGCAAAGCAUCUCCUCCGGCUGCACCGGUGGCAGCUCCAGCACUCGUCCAUCCAGUCGCCGUCUAGUCCACAAAGUCUCUCUGUAGUUCACAUUAAAAUGUCAAGGCAGAGUCAAGACGAAGGCCUUAUGUCUAGUUUGAGGUAACAAAUUGUUGGUAAAAAGUGCAAAUUUGAUGUUCCUUUUUUGUCCUAGAGAGGGCAAGCAUGAGCCAUAUGAGGAAAGCAGCUGAACGUAGUCCACUCAGGUAAAAUCCACUGAACGCAAUAGAUCACAAUACUGAUCACUGGAUGUUUUGGGGUAAAUAUCCAAAGCCGGUUCAUUCCUCUUUUUGAUGUCCAGUGCUUUCCUCCUCCUGCUCAUACUUCUUACCAUUUGUAUCAAUGUUGUUAAUGUGUUUGAAUGUGAACAAUUCGAUAUUUGUCAUUGUUUCAUGUCGGACACUGAGAGAAUGAUCCUGGUCAGUGAUUUUCUCUUUCUGUUUUUGUCCUACUGAGUAGACUGUGUGUUCGUCCUUAUUCUUUAUCUGCUUAAUAUGUUUUGGAAUUGAGACUUGUUUUAUAGAUUUAUUUUUAAAGGGUUUUUUACCAUAAAUCUGGAUGGAUUCUCCCUCUUUUUUUUUUUUUUUUUAAAUGGAAAUGUUUAUCAAUAGCAAAACACUGAGACAAGAAAUAACUAGAAUUUGAACUGUUGACAACUUGGUGGGAAGAAAAAUGUUAUCAGUACUGUAAUCUCCUGAAAAUCAAUGCCUCAACCAUGUUGACCACAGAGACUCGGUUUCCAUUAUUUACACUUUCUUCAGGUAUAACUGCAAAUAAUGUAUUCUUUCUCUGGUCUUUUUACAUGUUUUUUAACACUUAUUAUAUUAAUUAAAUUGUGUCUUGUAUAUACAAAACAUGUAUUUUUUUUUUUUUUUUUACAAAUCAGUAGACAAUUUAUAACAGACAACCUGCACUACACCAGCGCCCCCAGGACUCACUGUAAGACUCAUAAUACAGAUUUAGAUUGUCCACAUAGACACCAGAUGAACAUGUCCGCGGUGUCAACUUGAUCAAUAAAUUGAUAAAUCAGCAAA